AUUGUGUAUCGUUUGUCUUGAUGCCUUGAUGUGUGAGUCAAACACACUAUAUACAUUGUUCUGUGUUGUUCAGUCAAUAUGUUCAUGUCUUAUGUUCAGUUUCGUUUGUUGAGGGCAACAGAGCCAUUUCAUAUUCAUCAUAACUUCGUGCAUUUUUGAUAUUAUUAUUUAAUUAAAAAGUGUAAUUUUUUGUUGGUCGUUUGGUUAUUAUUUGGUUCGUGUUUGAUAGACGAUCUCGAGUUGCGAUGACAUAUUUUUGUGUACAUUAAAUUUCUAUCAAGAUGAAUAUUGUGCUGUUGUAGGUGCCACUCCUUUGUUGGAUGAUUUAUUUCGAUAAUGAAUUUCGAGUAAUGAUGUUAAAAACGAAGUUCAGCUGUGUUUCGCGUGUGUUUAUAUGCAUCGAGAAGCAUCAGUAGCUGUAGUUGCGGCAACGAAUCAAUUAUACAAUUUAACCUGAAACGCGUAGAAGCAUACAUACCAUUCGAACAAGAAAAAGAACGUGAAAAAGCGUCAAGCUACCAAGAUAGACAGUGACAGAAAGUGAGAGAGACAGAGACAGAGACAUUGACACAUACACACAUAUACAAUCGCAUAUCAACAACAGUCAAAGCAGAAAGAGAAAUAAGUGCGAAGAUCGACAACGAUUUGCAUUACGGAAUUGGGAUUUUUUUUUGAUUUUAUUUUAUUCUCUUCUUCUUCUUCUUCGGUUUUCUCUGCUAACUGGCUGGCUGGUUUAUAUCAGUACGACUCAUCAUAACAUUAUACUUAUCAUACAUUAGUGAUUUUAAUUUAAUUCGUUGAUUUGAAUGUUAUUGUGCUGUUUUUUUUCUCUCUCUCAUAAAUUUCAUGUGUGUGUGUUUAGUUUCGUUUCGUUUUCGGUGCAGUGUUGAAUGUUUAUGCUGUUUAAUCAGCAGCGAAAAAUCGAAAAACAUAAAACAAUUAUCAAAUUGAAGAAAAAUAUUUAUUUAAAAAAUAAAAUAAAUCCACAAAUUAAAACCUGAAUCGACAAAAAAACCAACCGACCGAAACCGAAAAACUUAUGAAUACACAAUUCAAGUGAAAGUUUAAGUGGCUGGUGCGCGCAUUGUUGCUACAUUUUCACAAUCUGCUGCGAUAUCGAAAGAGUGGCAUACAAAAAAAGAGAGAAAUAAAUAUAGUGUAGAUUGAAGUUAUUAGAUAUUGCACAAGAUCAGCACAAUGACGUCAUUUCAAGGUCUGAAGGGACUGUUUGGCAGCAAAAAAUCGGGUUCGCACAAUAAUCGACACAUUGCCGAAAUUGGAACACCGACAAAUGUUGUGCAUGACAUACAUGUUGGAAAGAAUGCACAUGGCGAACUCGAAGGUUUGCCAAAGGCCUGGGUUCGCAUUAUGAAUUCACAAAUCACACAAGAUGAACAACAAAAGAAUCCAGAUGCAGCCUAUCAAGCGUUAAAAUUCUACAAUUUUUCGAUAUCGAUGAAAAAACGUGAUGAAGCAAUUUUCAAGCCAUUCGUCACCGAAGCGGACAUUGAAGAUGAAUCGAAAGAUUUAGAUAAUUAUGUAAAAAUUGGCAAAGUGCAUACGAGUCAUGAUUCAUUCGAAAGCAGUGAAUCAGAGAAGGAAUCGAAUUCAUCAUCAUCGGAACCGGCACCGCCACCAUUGCCAGCCAAAAAAUCCACCGCCGGACUACCGCCAAAGCCAAAAAUUAUGCCAAAACCGAAACACAUUCAAAUGAAUAACAAACUAAAUCAAGCCAUGCACGAUUUGCGUGUCAUUUCCGAAUUACAAAAAUCCAAACAAUUACUUGCCCAGCAACAAAAACAUCAAAAACAUGAGUCAACCAUUAUACUACCGGCAAAAGAUGAACAUCACAAUAAAACCGAAAGUGGAUUUGAUGUGGAACGACCACAAACAACCAUAAUCAAUGUACAAGAUUCAAAUUCAAAUAAUAAUUAUGAAAAAACAUCGGUGUUGGAUAUCGAACAAGAAUUAAAAUGUAUUGAUGAUAUUUUAGCAAUAUCCGAUAAUAUUGAACCGGAAAAUUUUUCGCCAAAUGAAGAUGAUCAAUUAAUAUUACGGCGAAAAGAUGUGGUGCGUCAACCGAAAUCCGACGAAGAGGUGUACGAUGAAUUACGAAAAAUUUGCAAUUUAGAAGAUCCAACAUUACGGUAUGAAACGAAAUUGGAAGUUGGCAAAGGUGCAUCGGGUGUUGUGUUCAUUGCAUUGGAUUUAAAAACCGAACAAAAGGUCGCAAUCAAAACGAUCGACCUGAAAAAUCAAUCAUCGAAAGAGUUAAUUUUGAAUGAAAUUCGGGUAUUGAAAGAUUUCAAUCAUAGGAAUUUAGUGAACUUCCUUGACGCGUACUUCCUUGAAGGUGAAAAUCAUUUAUGGGUGGUCUUGGAAUACAUGGACGGCGGACCAUUGACCGAUGUUGUUACCGAAACAAUUAUGAAAGAACGACAAAUUGCAGCUGUAUGCCGAGAAGUAUUGAAUGCCAUUUGCUUUCUACACGGACGUGGUAUUAUUCAUCGUGACAUCAAAUCGGACAAUGUGCUGCUUGGUAUAGAUGGUUCGGUUAAAGUGACUGACUUUGGAUUCUGUGCCAACAUUGAAGGUGACGAAAAACGACAAACAAUGGUUGGAACACCAUAUUGGAUGGCUCCAGAAGUGGUGACACGUAAAAAGUAUGGCAAAAAAGUGGACAUCUGGUCAAUUGGCAUAAUGGCAAUAGAAAUGAUCGAAGGCCAGCCACCAUAUUUGAAUCAAACACCGUUGCGUGCACUAUAUUUGAUUACGGCCAAUGGUCGACCGGAGAUAAAUAGCUGGUCAAAAUUAUCACCAAAACUACAAGACUUUUUGGAUCAAUGCCUGCAAGUGGAAGUUGAUAAACGAGCAACCGCCGAAGAACUGCUAAAACAUCCAUUCCUCGAUGAUUGUAGUGAACUUCGUACAUUAACACCAUUGAUCAAGGCGGCUCGUCGCAUCUUAAAACGUGAUGACAUUUAAGAUAACCAUGAAUAACACUAUAAAUUCAACAAAAAAACAUGAAAACUAUAGCUAAAUGCACACUCACACGCAUACAUACAAUACAAUUUUAUACAAAUUACCAAAACCGGUUCGAUGCUCAUCGGUAAAUUAGAAAGAAAUAGCUCACAAACAGAGAGAAAACAUAGAAGUUUGUUAGUAUUAUAAAGAAAAAUUAAGUGCACGUUUCUGUUUUCGAAAUUAUUGUUAUUAUUUGCUUUUGGCUGGAAUUUUCGAUUACAUUUUUUUACACCUUCAAAAACAUACAUUUUAAUGAGAUAUAGAGAAAUUAAACGAAACAAGUAAAACAGGCAUUGCAACGAAAUACAAACAGACGCAAUACAGGAAUAAAAAAGGAUAAAUUUUCGUGUUGAUGGCUGUGAAAACAACGACGAAAAAAAAUGGAAGAAGAAUAGAAAAGUAUUAUCACAGAGACAAGUGACAAAAACAAACAUUUUUUUUUAUUAAUUCAUUGCUAUUCAUCGAAUGUAAAUUAAAAUUCUGCGCUUUAAUUGAUUUAUGGGAGUUUUAAUAAUUUAAACUAUGCCGCAGAAAAUUCGCUUCAAAGAUUGUGAAUUGUGCCUUUUUAAAAUUCAACAAUUUUUUUUUUGUAUUCGUUUUAUCUCGUUUUUAGUUUGCUAUUUUUGGCUUUUAUGAAGCAACAAUUGAUGUGUUUAUUUGUAUGUGUGAAUGUUGUUGCGAUUGGUAUUGUCAUGUGAAAUGAAACAGUAUGCUUGGAAUAGUCAUAAGAUGUGUGGUUGGAAAAGACAAGUCAUUAUUAUAUUAGAAUAAUUAUCAUAUUGAAAAUAAGCUUGAAAAUUGUCAAGAAAUUCAUUUUAUCAAGUCAAAUGAAGCACGUGCAUUGUUGCCUAUCAAUAUAAAUUUAAUAUCUUUGAACACCCGAAAAUCGGCACAUGCAACGAAAUGUUCUAAUUUGCAUUUUAUUUCAUUCAUUUAGUUCAAUCGCUCAAUUGUAUAUUUUCUUUAUAUUUAGCAAAAGGUUUUAUUUCCAUUCUUUUUAUUCCUAUUUUUCCCCCCUUUCAUCAUUUUCGUACAUUCGAUUCAUUUUAGACUUUUCCAUUAGAUAUUAAAAUUGUUGAUAUUUUUGCCUUUAAUUUAUUUCUAUGAAAUGCAUCAAAUCAAAAUGAAAAUUUUGCUGAUUAAUUUUGGAUACGAAAUCACAGGUGCAGUCAAUGAAUUUCCCUGAUUCGGUUCGAUGUUACGGUUUUUUUCUUUGGUCAAUCCAAAAUUAUUAUUAAUUCUUUUUUAGUGCAAACAGUACGAACACAAAAUAAUAUAAAUCAAGUACAAUUUGAUGCAAAUAAAGGCAAACGAAAAACAGAGAAGAUAAGCAUUUUUUUGUAUAAGAGAAUUCUUUCAAUUGAAAGCGUAUGUGUAUUGUCGACUGAAUCGACUGAAUUUGAUUGAACAAAAAAAUAUAUAAAAAAAAAAA